UCAAGCUCGAAUUUUGAGCAGCCUCUCAAACCUUAUCUCUCUCGCUCGCUCCUCUGCACGAGGAGACGUUGGCAUGUGAUGUGAGCGCCACACCGCCCUCCCCAUGCAGAUUCCAGCGCCGCCGGUCACCGCCGGUGCAACGACGCCGCCACCAAGCAUCCCGCAGACCUCGCCAUCACCGUUAGCGUCCACGAGAGCAACAAGGCGGCAGCUGCUCGCGUCCGGCCUGCUCCUCGCUGCCGGCAGUAGUAUCAGCACCGCCGCCGGCGCGCGAGCUGCGGCCGGAGGAGGAGGGGGUUUGGUGGGGUACGAUGGGCCGGUGGUGACGGAGGCGGACAGGGCGGCGAGCGCGGCGGUGUCGCGGCGCGUCGGGGAGGCCGUGGAACUGCUGGAGCUGGGGCGGGAGCUGCAGGCGCGCGGGGAGUUCCCGGAGGCGCUGGCGUCGUUCACGCGCGUCGUGGCGGAGUACGCGGACCUGGCGCUGUCGGAGUACGCGCGGGUGGGGCGGGCGCUGGUGCUCUACGAGAUCGGCGACCGCGACCAGUCCAUCGCCGAGAUGGAGGACGUCUCCAUCGCGCUCAAGGGAUACCCAGAGAUCCACGCGGCGCUGGCGGCGGCGCUGUACGCCGACAAGCACGCGGCGCUGCUGGCGGAGAACCAGUUCGCCAUCGCCACGCUGCUGGACCCGCACUACACGGACCUCGCCUACGUCAGGGACACCAAGCACUGGCCGCCCAGCCUCGUCGACUCACUCCACGACUUCAUCACACUCUCCUAGUCUCCUCCUAGUCUUAGCUAGCAGAUCACUAGCUCCCAAAAUCUCAACUAAUAUAUAGUUGUAUUUGUAUACUUGUAUAGAUUAUAGCACACCACAUAUUGCGAUCAUCAGGCAAAGGAUUUGGUUCAUCGCUCAGAUGAGUA